AUGGAUUUUGCCGCGUACAUCGUACCCAAUCCGAUCGUCAUUCGGUUGGCGCGGGAGCAAGAAUCACUCGAUAACAUCAAACAGUACUACGUCAAGUGCCGCAACCAGGACGAGAAAUUGUGUACGCAAAACGGCCGGUCCCAUGAUGGUCACUCGGCAGCGGUACUGUCCGGUGAUCUAACGGUGGACCAACGGUUGGACACUGGAUCGAUUCCGAACCGGACUAGUGAAGGUAUCGACGUCGAACAGGUGACCAUUGUCGUCAACUUCGACCUGCCGAUGGAUCAGCAGGGACGAGCCGAUUGCGAAACGUAUCUACAUCGAAUUAGACGCACCGGUAGAAUCGAACGGAAUCACCAUCAACCUAGUGGGCAGUGA